AUUCUCGAGUCUCAGGGAUGCAUCGUCAGAGAGAUUGAGCCGGUGUAUCCACCUGAGAAUCAAACUCAAUUCGCUAUGGCUUAUUACGUCAUCAAUUACUCCAAACUCCGUAUCUGGAAGGUUUGUGGAGUACACCAAGAUGGUAUACUUGGACGCGGAUAUUCAAGUAUACGAGAACAUAGAUCACCUUUUCGAUCUUCAAAAUGGAUACUUUCACGCAGUAAUGGAUUGUUUCUGCGAGAAGACGUGGAGCCACACUUCGCAGUACAAGAUUGGGUACUGCCAGCAGUGUCCGGACAAGGUCAAGUGGCCCGCCGAGAUGGGUUCACCACCUGCCCUUUACUUCAACGCCGGCAUGUUCGUGUUCGAGCCAAGCCUCUCCACCUGCGACGACCUCUUGAAGAAUCUCCAGGUCACACCUCCCACCGCUUUUGCAGAGCAGGACUAUCUCAAUAUGUUCUUCAAGGACACCUACAUGCCCAUCCCUCCAGUCUACAAUCUGGUCUUGGCCAUGUUAUGGCGUCACCCGGAGAAUGUCGAUUUGGAGAAUGUGAAAGUCAUCCAUUACUGUGCUGCGGGAUCAAAGCCAUGGAGGUACACGGGUAAGGAAGAGAACAUGGACAGAGAUGACAUAAAGAUGCUGGUAAAGAAGUGGUGGGAUAUUUACAAUGACGAGUCUUUGGAUUAUAGGAAGCCGGCAGAGGGUGAGGCCCGGCAGCCGCUCGUGGCUGCGUUGUCGGAGGUUGGCGUUGUCAAUUACAUUAAGGGGCCGUCGGCUGCUUAGGUUAGGGAUAUCCUA